UCCAGCAAGGAGUAAGAAAAUGAGGAGGUACAACCAGGCUUCUGUUCCCCAAGAUGAAACUCCAAGAGAUAAGCCUCUUCCAAUGUUUUUCAGGCUUGGUCAUCCUUCAAGUCCUGCACCAGAGAAGUCAGCUUCUGAGAUAGAACUAGAAGAACUUUAUGAAGAAUUUGACUCUGUCCUCAUGUCUGAAGGGAUUGGUUCCACUGAUUCUAUUGUGGUUGAAACUAAUGACUCAAUCCCUCCCGGUAAGGAAGUUACUCAGCAUAUGCUUUGUAGUCAAGGGAAACAUCAACUUAUACUUGAUAUUGAAAUUGGACGGUAUUUCAAAUUCUGCCCUUAUGUGCAUCAGGAGAUCAAGUAUAUUUUACCAGACUUUGCUCCAAACCCCUAUGGAAAAGCUGGGAAGAGCUUUUAUGAAGAAGACAACCGGGUUGAUGAUUAUCAGGAUGAAGAUUCUGAAGCUGAAUCUUCUUAAGCUGAUAUUAUGGAAGAGGACAGUUGAGGAUGGCGAAGAAGUAUGUGGUACGGUAUCUGCAAUUUGGUUAGUUGACAUAGUUAAUUGUGUUCUUGUUGGUGUUGUUAUGUUCCUGUCUGUACAUAUGCAAAUCUGCGUGUUCAGUGUUUACUGUAUGCACUCUCGAUCGCUUCACGGAAAGAUCAACAGAAAAAUCCAUGCAUUCAUUUAUUUAUGCACCUGGAUUACAGUUGCCAGUUAUUUGCCGCUGUGUUUAAUUAGA